AUGGAAGUGAUCUUGAACAAUGUAGCCCGCCGGUUCAUAGUGUGCGCACCAAAGUUCGAUGACGGGGCGUUUUCACCAUUUGGACGAUCCACGCACCGGUCUCUCGCCCUUUAUCUGGAUAGUCCCCAUCUCAACGGCCCUAAAGAAAGACUCGGAGGGCUGCUGUUUACGAAAGAUUAUUGGCGCGAGGACUCCACUCGUACUAAAAGAGAGUUGGAUAUCUAUGGACUUCUCGCAAUGCAUCAAAUUCCGCAUGUAGCGGAAAUGGAGACUGGCGGCGACGUUGUUGACAUGCGCACGAUCACUCAGGAAUGCGUAGGGACAACAUCGGCUGACCCUCUCCCUGGUAACGAGACAUCCCGUCUUCAGAAGUUGCAGGCGCACCGCGUUUUUUUGAAGGAUACUGGACGGGAUCUCACCACGUUCUGCAACGCGAAGGAUUUGGUAACCUGUGUCGCUGACGCUAUGGAAGCUCACCAGGCAGCGUUUGACAGAGCGUGUAUCCUCUAUCGUGAUAUAAGUGUCGGCAACAUCAUGAUCAGUCCCAGACACAGAGGUUUCCUGGUGGACUGGGACCAUUGGAACCUGGCAAUUCAUGUCUGCGAACCUCCUCGCCUCUUAUGA